GUUUGACUUCACAAUCGAAAUCCAAUCUUGUCGGCCAAGGCUCCCACAGCCGCCUGCCUUUCCGUCCUCGCGCCUCCAUCGUCCUUCAUCAUGGCUGCUACGUCCGACAUUGUAUUGCGAUCCUUCGAUUUACUCGGAUGUGUGUUCGAUUACCAACGAGGGCUGCAUCAAGACAUGCUCCCGUUCCAACACGUCAUGCCCGCGCUUACCGCGAUCUCCGACGGGCAGUUCUCCAUCCAAGAGCAGGAUUUCGAAACCCUGCAUGCUGUUCUCGCCCCAUGGUACAAGACGCACGACAUUUCACGACUCGCCAAGCUCUGGGUCGACCUGCCGCUGUUGCAGGAGUCCAUUGUGAUCCACGCGUGUCUCUACGGCCACGUCGACGUCCUCGCCUUCCUUUUCUCUCGUUCUUUGAUGUUGUCGGAUCGAUGGAGCACCAAGAUGGCUAUGGAUGUUGCCGCGCGCAGUGGACACGUCGACGUGCUGGCCUUUCUCCAUGCCCAUCUCCCCACCGAUGCUCAUUGCACCGUAAAGGCGAUGAAUUGGGCGGCCAAGUUCAACCACCUCCACGUGUUGAAGUGGCUGCACGUCCACACGUCGGCCGGUGCUACCUUCAUGGCUAUGAAUUACGCGGCGGAGGGCGGUCAUUUGGAGGUCGUACAGUGGUUGCAUACCCAUCGGAACGACGGCUGCACCUCCGACGCGAUGGACGACGCGGCGUUGAAUGGACAUUUGAAAGUGGUGCAAUUCCUGCAUGAACACCGGACCGAAGGAUGCACGUCCGACGCGAUGGACGGCGCCGCCGCGGAAGGCCAGCUGGAAGUGGUCGAGUGGCUGCAUGCGAAUCGCAGCGAAGGGUGCACGGAAGACGCAAUGGACGAGGCGAGCGAAGGAGGGCAUUUGAAAAUUGUGCAAUUCCUGCACCAACAUCGGUCCGAAGGAUGCACGGAAGCGGCGCUGACGGAGGCGGCGAAGGAAGGACAUUUGGAAGUGGUGAAGUUUCUACUGGAUCACCGUGACGAGUGCGACGUGGACGAAGCCAUGGAAUUCGCCAAGAAGGCCGGGCGACGACACGUGGUGGCGUACCUGAGGGAACAAAUGGCGACGUAAUAGUAAUAUAUAUUCGAGGAUGGAUUGA